AGAGAGAGAGGAAAAAAAAAAAAGAUAACUUGAAAGAAGAAACCGAUUCCCGUUCCGGCUUUCUUUUGGCUAAAUAGAUGGCCAUAGGGCCUUUCCAGUUCACAUUCUUUCGCUACAACACCGCCAACAGACUCCUCUCUCUUGUUGAACCUUCGACAAACAUAUCAACUACACUCUCAACAAAAACUAUUUCUCCUUCGUCUCUGUCGGCUCAUAUCGUCUCACCUCUUCUUAUUCUCCUUCGAUUCGCCUCCAGCGCGUCCCUCUUACACGCGCGACAGCUACACCACCACCAGCGCUCGAGGCAGGUUAUCACAACGCAGGACACGCUGGCGCAGAAGAUCGGAAAAUCGAUUCGCCGCCCUGGCGCACCCUCCAAGUCUAGGGUUUACUCCGAUAUCAAUGUGGUUCGCCCAAAGGAGUACUGGGACUACGAGUCCCUCACCGUCCAGUGGGGGGAGCAAGAUGAUUAUGAGGUAGUAAGGAAGGUUGGGAGAGGGAAAUAUAGUGAGGUGUUUGAGGGCGUGCACUGCACCGAUAACGAGAAGUGUAUUAUUAAGAUUCUUAAGCCUGUUAAGAAGAAGAAGAUUAAGAGGGAGAUUAAAAUACUGCAGAAUCUUUGUGGCGGGCCAAAUAUUAUCAAGUUGCUUGAUAUUGUUAGAGAUCAGCAAUCAAAGACCCCAAGUCUUAUAUUUGAAUAUGUGAAUAAUACAGAUUUUAAAGUGCUUUAUCCAACACUCUCAGACUUUGAUAUUCGAUAUUACAUCUAUGAACUUCUAAAGGCGUUGGAUUAUUGCCACUCACAAGGUAUUAUGCAUCGAGAUGUGAAGCCUCAUAAUGUCAUGAUUGAUCAUGAGCAGAGGAAACUUCGUCUGAUAGAUUGGGGACUUGCUGAGUUCUACCAUCCUGGCAAAGAAUACAAUGUUCGUGUUGCUUCAAGAUACUUUAAAGGUCCUGAGCUUCUUGUUGAUUUGCAAGACUAUGAUUACUCAUUAGACCUGUGGAGCCUUGGUUGUAUGUUUGCUGGAAUGAUAUUUCGUAAGGAGCCAUUCUUCUAUGGCCAUGAUAAUUAUGAUCAGUUGGUCAAAAUUGCUAAGGUACUUGGGACCGACGAAUUAAAUGCAUAUUUGAAUAAGUACCGAAUAGAAUUAGACCCACAUCUUGCAGCCCUUGUAGGAAGGCAUAGCCGGAAACCAUGGUCAAAGUUUAUGAAUGUUGAAAAUCAACAUUUGGCAGUUCCUGAGGCUGUUGAUUUCCUUGACAAGUUGUUGCGAUAUGACCACCAAGAAAGGCCAACUGCAAAAGAAGCGAUGGCCCAUCCUUAUUUCUACCCGAUCAGAAAUGCAGAAAGCAGCAGAACUCGUGCCUAGUUUAUCGAAUUCCAGCAGUUGUUAAAAAGAUUGUCAUGUUUGUUGUUGGUGACCUUAUUCUAGUCUGAUUGAACCUCAGUAGGGGUUUUUUUUUUUUUUUUUUUUCCCUGCUGUCACAAAACCUCCUACCACUUUUUUUGUUUUUUUUCCUUUUUUAAUUUGGUUUUCUUGAAUGUUCAGUUUCACUUUUUGAUUGCUGUUAAUUUUGUGAGCUAACUUGUGGAUGAAUUAUUGAUCUGAUUUCAGGCUAAUUUUGUCUGGAUGUUGGUAUUCUUCAUUUUCCCCUUGGUAAA